AUGGAAAAUGUCAUUCGGUGCACAAGUGUUUUGUGUUAUUCUUCGCAAAUAGCCUCCUGCUACCUCACCUGGAGGAUGAAGUAGAGGUGUUUUGGACACGUUCUCGCGGAUUCAAAGUGCUCUCCGAACACCGUGCCAGCCUGACGAGUGGCAGUGAAUUAGUGGUGUGGAUGUGGCAAAAAGGGGGCACAAAAGGGCGGAGCAGCGAACACGGAAAAAAGCUGCAUUUGAUGGAGAGAAAUACGAAUAACUAGCCUAAAUACAAUGAAAAAAGUCACUAAUUAAGUGUUGAGAUGUAUUAAUUAGUCAGCAGAAGUCAUCAGAUGCCUGCGAGGUGAUACAGUUGGUUUCCAGUGAAUGAGGACGUGUGCGAAAAAUGUCACGACGAGUGAAUCUACUCGGUCUCGUCACCAUCAGUGGCAUCUGCAUCUUCUUGCUCCUGUUCGCCAGUCACCGCACUAACAACUACUCCGUGGACUUCUACCGACCGCGAGCCUACUAUCACCACCACCGGGAGCCGCCCUCGAUGGCCGGCGACCACCUGACCGGAGCCUACACCACGCAGAACGCCAGCAUUCGCAUCCAGGACGUGAUCGUGAGCCAGCGCGAGCGGAUAGCGGAGGAAAUGAUGCUCUUUGACUACCCGGCGGGCCGAUUCCGGCAGCCGGCGAGGCAAUUGGCUGAUCUCACGCCCGAGACGGGCGGAAAACCCAUCCGGAGCAUCGUGAUCACGACGUGGCGCUCGGGAUCCACCUUCCUGGGCGACAUCCUGAACGCCAUGCCCGGCAAUUACUACCACUACGAGCCUCUGCUCAACUUUGACAUCAUCCAAAUUCGCGACGAUCCACUCGCGGCGCAGGCCAUCGCUAACCUGAAGAGCCUGCUCCAUUGCGACUACAGCGGGGCGGGAAUGCAGGACUACCUCGACUAUGGACAGGCACACUCGUACCUGUUCAAGCACAACACACGCCUGUGGCGACUGUGCCUCCUCUAUCCGAACUUCUGCUGGCGCCCAGACUUCCUCACGCCUCUCUGUCGCCUGUUUCCGCUGCAGAGCAUGAAAGUCGUUCGUCUGCGUCUUGCGAUUGCCGGUCAAUUGCUCGAAGACUCCAGAUUAAAUGUGCGCAUCGUUCUGCUAAUCCGCGAUCCGCGUGGGACUCUACAAUCGCGGAAGCACCGCGAAUGGUGUCCUGGCCGGCCAGACUGUGAUCAUCCGCCCACGAUGUGCCGCGACAUGGUGGCGGACUUCUAUGCGGCUCAGCUGCUGCUCAAGAAGCACCCCGACCGAUUCCGUGUGGUGCGCUAUGAGGACCUCUCACUGCGACCGCACGAGACUACGAAGGAGCUGCUAGACUUCUACGGACUGCCCAUGGAUCCCGAGGUGGAGGAGUUCCUCGAGUCACACACGAAGUUGGACAUUGGCGGCGUAAGCUCCACGUAUCGUGACUCUAAGUCAGCACCCUUCCACUGGAUCAAGGACCUCUCCUACGAGGAGAUUGACACAAUCCAGAACGGAUGUACAAAAGCAAUGGAAUUGUGGGGCUACAAGAAGGCCACAAAUGUCACGAUUCUGAGUAACAAAUUCGAUCCUAUUCUUCCAUAUUCUAUCACGUGA